AUGGGGGCCUGUAUGUCCGCGAUAGAAAGCUUGUGGCAAUCCUCGUUGGACGGUGGAAACUCUCCAGGAGGCGGCCCACUAUGGCAAGAUCGACAGAUCAGAUGGGAUCAGCCGAAACAACGAUUACUCCUCCGACCCGGCGAAGUUCUGCGGAAACAGUUCGACAAAGUAGAGGACACAAAAGGAGACAAUGGAAUUGGUGUUCUCCAGAUCACCAAUCUACGUGUCAUAUGGUACUGUCUCUAUGUACCGAGACUCAACAUUAGUAUCGGCCUCCAUUGUGUGACAUAUCUCCACUACAGCAUGGCAGAAAGCAGCACAUUUGGGAAGGCACGUGCUCUUCACCUGAUGUCUCGUUUCAACUCAACGCGGUUUGAGUUUUCCUUCGCAAUUCGCGCAGACCAUGCCUACAUUUUGUUCAAAGAAAUGGAAGAUGCAAUUCAGUCCUACCGAGCUACAAUUAUCUACAAGGAUCUUCUCCUUCGAGAUGGUCGAGUGGUGACGGACGCGGGCGAGAUUGAAAUUCUCGAAGGCGAGCGAAUUGUGAAAUUUGUUGAAAGCUGUCACAGUCUCACCGAGAACUCCGCGUACCCAGGCAAAAUGUAUGUAACCAACUAUCGCAUUUUGUGGGUGUCGAAUCAGACCCCCUUCAUGAACAUCAGCCUGCCUUAUGUUCAGAUGAAACACGUCCUGUCACGAUACAGUCAGCAUGGAACAGCAAUGGUGGUUGAGAGCCAGCCGACAGCAGGCGGCUAUUGUCUGGCGUUUCGCAUUCAACCUGUGGCAUCGGAUUCAGCGAAACAGCACGAGCGAGAACCUUCGUUGUCACCUCAUCAACAGCUUAGUGCACUGAUUUCCACAGUAAACAAAUGCUUUCACGAUAUCCGCGCUUGUCCGUGCUUCGGUCCAGUAGACGAUGACAGAAAGACGGAGCAAGACAACUUUGUGAUUGUCGUUUCGGGAGGCCCGGCAGCGCCCGCCGUGCCUUCAGCUGUACCUACACCUCCGUCAGCGAUUGUCGACAACGCCGCCUUGCCAGUGUCGCGUCAAGCGCCUCCUGGCGCCUCUCACAUGCUGGAAAGCGAUGUUCCGGUUCUGCUUUCAACGGAUGUAGGGACAUCCGUGCCGGAGCGUGGAGCCGCGGGAAGAGAACACCUGCUCGAAGAGCUCCGCGGGGAGCCCGGUGAGCAUGAAAGGCGCCAACUCGAUUCAGGUGUACGUUUCGGUUCAGGGCGAAGUGGGUGCGAGGUAGAGCAGCCCCAAGAAGAACGGGAAAGGAGACGGUGUCUGUUAGAGGCCGACGUCGCUCCGGAGUCGAUGGAGAGGGAAAUGGAAGAAGUCGUCGAUCGAUCGCGGAACCUUCCAGUUGAGCAAGAGACACAACGCACAACACCAGCUCCUCCUGACGAGCCCUGCGUCGAGCCUCAACUCACAGAACUCCUCGUCGGGGAGGGACCUGGAAUGCCUGAGCUGGCCCCUGGCGGGUUUCCUGCCCCGCCGGGGGGGCCUUCUCGCCCGGUCCGCAGUAUGGGCAGAUUCCCUUUUUCAUCGUUUUCUUCUCCGUCUAACGCCCCGUCAGCGAGCAGUCAGGCGCGUGCAGGCCCUGCACCGUCUCCGCCCUCAUCCUCUCUCGCAGUGCCCCUCCCUGAAGGAGACACGUGCAACAUCUCUUCCUCGUCUCCACGCCUCAGGACUCCAGGCCUAAGUCCCCGCGCCCGCGGCGGCACUGUUCCCGCCAUUUUCCCGGCGUCGCCAUCCCAGGGGCGCGAAGCGCCUUCGUCGGGCCCAGAGGAGACGGCGGGUCCCGAGACCUCUGAGGUUCGGCGUGGCGUUGCGACGGACGGGCCCUCACCGACCCCCGCCGAUGGCGCCUCCGCCUCGGGUCUCGCCGUCCCUCUGGAUCUAACGAAGAAGGACCAAAGAGCCGACCCUCUUGCCCCAAGUGCCCGGACUCUCGCUCUCCUUUCCCCCUCGAGUGCAAAAUACAUGACUGCCCCGAAAUGUGUUAUUUGUCUGUCAUCUCCGGACGAAGCUGCUUUCGAUCCGUGCGGCCACGUGUGCACGUGCAUGCGUUGCGCCUUUCAGAUCGAAAAUUGUCCAAUUUGCCGGUCCCAGAUUCUGAAGGUAUUGAGAAUCUACUUGACCGCUUGA